UGUGAGCUGUUAGACACCAGCAAGCUGGCUUCACCAUCGCAGACUUCACACACGGGUGCGCUUCUCCGGGCACCUCAUACCCGCCCUUCACGCAUCAGCAUACCAUCUCCCAUAUCAAGCACGACGUUAUGUCGAGAACUCAGCAGGACCAGUUCAUUGAUGAUGACGAGGAGGAAUCAUGCCCCCUCUGCGUGGAAGAGUUCGAUCUCACGGACAAGGGUUUCAAACCUUGUCCGUGCGGAUAUCAGAUCUGCCAGUUCUGUUACAACAACGUCAAGAACAACAUGAAUGGCCUCUGUCCUGCGUGUCGACGUCCGUAUGAUGACAAGAACAUCGAAUACAAGACCAUCACGCCUGAGGAAAUGGCCGCGCAUAAGGCCCGUCAAGCACAGAAGCAGAAAAAGACACAGGCCGCUCUGGCGAAGGAGAAGCAAAAGGCCGAGGCCGAUUACCUUAGCAAGAAGCACUUGGCUGGCAUGCGUGUAGUUCAGAAGAACCUCGUUUAUGUGACGGGGCUCAAUCCGACGACACAUGAGGACCAGUUGCUGCAAACGCUACGAGGCGAUCAAUACUUUGGACAGUACGGCAAGAUUAUCAAGAUUGUCGUCUCCAAGGCCAAGGAUCCAAGCCAUCCGCACUCCGUCGGCGUAUACGUUACGUACGAACGCAAGGAAGAUGCGGCAUCAUGCAUAGCGGCGGUGAACGGUAGCAAGAACGGAGAUAGAACGCUACGAGCGCAGUUUGGCACGACGAAGUAUUGCUCAGCCUACCUUCGAAACGAGACGUGUACCAACCGGCAGUGUAUGUUCCUGCAUGAACCGGGUGAGGCCAACGAAAGUUACUCGCGAGCCGAUUUGUCCGCACUGAACGCAGGCUCAGCGCAACACCGGGAUGAGCGAGCACCGCCUCCGCAAAGUCAGCAGCCUGUUGCUUCUGCCGCCCAGCCUAUGACCAGACAAUCCAGCGAGCAAAGUCAUGGCUCAUUGACCGACCGGCCCGCGCUGCCGUCGACAGCUUCCUGGGCAUCGAAGCCGCUGCAAACAGCGCCUAGCCGAGCCGAAAGUCGCUCUACAAGUGGAGCAAUGGAAAGCCCGGCAAUCGUUCAUGCAACGCCUGCACAUCUGGACGUGCCCACCGAAGCAGCCCCAAGUCAACCGCCUGCCGCAAGUCAACCUGCUGCCGCACCCGUACCGUCCGCGGCUACCACUACGCCACACCAGACCCGUCCGCGCAAACCUCGACCUUCUUCGCCAUUCUCGGACAUGGUAAAGAACUUUAGUCUCGAUGACUUCAAGUUUGUGUUCUCCCUUUCAUCGCUCCCGCAAGCUGAAAUCGACAUCAUCACCAACUACCCGCCCCUAUUCGACAACAACGGCGGAGCCAGAAGGCGUAUCCGGCGGCAGCGCGAAGAGGAGCAGCGAAGAAUGGAGCAAGAAGCUCAGGCUCAGGCUUUUCAGCAACCGCCACCACAACCUAUCGAGCAGCAAACUGACCAUGAAGACAUUCAAGAUUCGAGUGCAAUGAGUGGCAGCUUACAGUUAGGCGGCGAACCUGAGGACCGACAAUCCCAAAACGCGCAGACUUCGAGCGCAAUACGUCCGCCCGGUCAGGAUGGCGGACUGGAUCCGAGGUUCCAGUUCAACGGUGGUGGCAUAACGAGUCCAUCUGGCUUCAGCGACCGUGGUCUCACACCUCAACAGCACCACCAAAUGCUGUUACAGACAAUGAAGAGCAAUGACCCGGCGUCCUACGCCCUUGACAACCACGCGCAACACUCGCCAUUCCCGCAGCAAGGCUCAAACCCACCUGGCCAUCAGCGCAACGUGUCUCGCUUUUCGUUCGCAAACGACACUGCAAGCGCGUCAGCAUCCGUGAAGCCUGUGGCGAACAUGAAGAUUAUGAACCAGCAAUCUUCGAUCCUUCCGCAACAAGGUGGUUUUGGUGGGCAGCAAGGCAACCAGCAGUUCUUUACCUCGAAUGUUCAAGGCCCGCCACCUGGCCUUAAGACAAGCGGCACGCCACCUGUCAGCGGCGGCAUGACCUUCGGACAAGGUCAUGGCUUUGCAACGGGUGGCCUGCAAUAUGGCACCAACCUCGGGCCCCAACGCGGAAACGCUAACGAAGAAAUGAUGCGCAACCUUCUGCGCGGCGACAAACAUAGUGUGUCACCUCAUCUCCAACCGCUUACCUCGUCCAUACCUGAAGCAAGUGACGCCUUGAGAACGACCUUCGCCUGCUGUUGUAACUAGCUGCGUGUUUCUUCGGGUAGUCUAUAGCUUGCUGCGAGGUGGACCCGCCGCACAAUGCGUGGUUCGGCGACUGUGCCGCCGCCAACGGCCAGAAACUAGAAGAGGAGGAGAGCCGCGCACCAUCGCAUCUGCACCGCACUGCUUAACAUUGAGACGUCCAACCUUGAGCAGAACCUUCUGUGCUAACGUUGCCUCUUUAGCCGAGUCUGAAUUCCCACCCUUACCGACGCCAUCUCGUCAAGCAAGCAUCCAACUGGAGAACGUACCACCGACAACCGGUUCUCGUCACUCAACACCGCCCGUACCGCCAGGGUUCGAAGGGCAGUCCGCGAACGAGGAC